AUGCCCCAGAAGCCUGUGAGUCACCGACCACCGCUUCCUCCGUGGCCUUUCAAGUGGGCACGUGUCAGCAACAGCGGGCCCUGGGCUCCGUGUAGCACAGUGUGGUUUUCCGAGCUCUUUCUUCCCGAGGUUGCGUUUGAUCUCUGUGUCAUCCUGCAGCUGGUGACUUCGCUGCAGAUGUGCCUCGUCCCUUUGUACCUCACGCUAAAGCUGUACUGGUGGCGGCUUCUGUCUCUGAGGGGAAGCACCUCCGCUGUUACCAGUUACACCCUCUUCAGCACCCGGAAACCUCUUUCAGGGCAAACACCACGACUGGUCUACAAAUGGUUUCUGCUAAGCUACAAGGCCAGCUGUGCACUUGGUAUAGUAGGCUAUGUGGCCAUCAAGUUUACAAUGUGUGGACUCAGCCUAAUACUGAAAAUCAAAUUUAGAGAGUCCAUGGAUCUGGGGAUUGGAUCCUUGUUCUAUGGCCUUUACUAUGGGAUAAUGGGUCGAUUUGCUGAGAUCUGCUCAGACUAUAUGGCAUCUACCAUAGGGUUCUACAGGGAGAGCGGGAUCCCCACUAGGAGGCUGUCCGGCGAUAUUCGUGCCGUUUGGGGGCACGAAGAAGGGCUCGUGGAAAGCACCUACCGGUUUUCAUGCAAGCAUGUCUUUCGUGAAUUCUGCAUCUGAGGUUGGUGUAUCGUAGGGAAGAAGCAGACUUGGCCUUACUGCAAAGAGAAGGUUGAUUUGAAGAGGAUGCUCCGCAACCCCUGGGGACGCACACACAUGCUCUGUGUAAAGAUCUCAGACUGGCUUCAUUACUUGGUGGCCUGGCUCAGGGCAUUAACUAUUUCCUGA